CAUCCUUGUAGUCUUUUCAUCCUCAACCCCUUCGUCCUGCUCCUUCAAUAGCUGCUUGCUUACCAUCCGCAGCAGUCAGCAAUGGCCGGCAAGCAGCAUUCCCCUACGGCCUCGUCCGCCACUUCUAGUGCGGACGAACUUGCCAACGCCGGAGAUUCGCAAUUACUGGCCACCCUUGGGUACAAACAGGAACUUCGUCGACAAUACUCCACCGUUCAGAUCUUUGCUGUCGCGUUCAGUAUCAUGGGCUUGGUGCCAUCCAUUGCAUCUACUCUAGCCUUCAGUUUACCAGCUGGUCCUGCUGCGAUGACAUGGGGCUGGCUCAUUGCAAGUCUCUUCAUCUUCUGUGUAGGAUUAGCGCUGGCCGAUAUGUCAUCAGCAAUGCCUACGGCCGGCGGGCUAUACUGGUGGACCCAUUACUUCGCAGGCCCGAAAUAUAAGAAUGCACUGAGCUUCUUGGUGGGAUACAGCAACACGAUGGGCCUAGUCGGGGGAAUGUGCUCGACGGAUUACACCCUUUCUCUCAUGAUCCUCGCUUGUGUCUCCAUAGCACGCGACGGUGAGUGGUCCGCGUCCAACGGUGUUGUUUACGGUGUAUAUGUUGGCAUCAUAAUUGUACACGCCCUUGUCGCCAUUUACACUGGGCCCAUAAUGCCCCGUAUCCAAACCUUCUGCAUCUUCCUCAAUAUUGUCAUUAUUAUCGCCACUGUCGUCGCUCUGCCGGUCGGCAAAGUCACAAAUGGAGGAACAAUCAACCCCGGCAGUUGGGUAUUUGGCCAUGUGGAUAAUUUAACGACUUGGCCGAAGGGUUGGGCUUUUAUCCUCGCCUUUCUGGCUCCGAUCUGGUCCAUUGGUUUCUUCGACUCGUGUGUACACAUGAGCGAGGAAGCUCUGCAUGCUGCCAAGGCGGUUCCCCUAGGUAUCAUUUGGUCAUCAGGAUGUGCAUGCGUGCUGGGUUUCCUGGUGUUGAGUGUGAUCGCCGCCGUGAUUGACCAGGACGUCCGCACAACAUACGACUCUGUGUACGGACAGCCCAUGGCGCAAGUCUACUUCACGGCGCUUGGCAAGAAAGGAGCCUUGGGCUUCAUGGCUGUGUUGAUAGUGAUUCAAUUCUCCAUUGGAUUGAGCUUGAUCGUCGCUGCAUCUCGACAGGCUUGGGCCUUCUCUCGGGAUGGUGCCCUACCCUUCUCUAAUUACUUCCGCCAUGUGAGCAAGCGCAUUCAAUACCAGCCUGUGCGGGCAAUGUGUGGCUUUGUGGCUGUUUGCAUUGUCUUUGGGUUACUCGUCCUGAUAAACUCCGUCGCGGCCAAUGCGCUUUUCUCGCUCUUUGUGGCCAGUAACUACGUCGCCUGGGGCACCCCGAUUCUGUGUCGGCUCAUCUGGGGUAGGGAGCGGUUUCGCCCGGGCGAGUUCUACACCGGGCGGUUCAGUCGACCGAUUGCGGCCGUGGCCGUGGUAUGGUUGGUCUUCGGGUUGAUCCUAUCCAUGUUUCCCAGCACGGGCCCGAACCCCAGCGCAUCGGAUAUGAAUUACACGAUCGUGAUCAACGGAUUUGUCUGGGUCGCGUGCAUGACGUAUUACUUUUUGUUCGCUCGCAAAUGGUACACAGGACCCAAGAUGACUGUGGACGGGGUGGAUUCUCGAGGCAAUAACGACGCGAGUCAACUGGGAAGCAAGGAUCCUUCCACUUCCUGAUAGGUAUCUCUUUGAUUUACUUUUUGGCCACAUAGAACAUGGUAAGUAAAAAUCAUAAGAAUUAGAGCAUCUAUGAUAUGAACAUUCAG